CUUGUAUCUUGGAGUGUGAUGGUCGUCUGAUCCUCUCUUAACACACUGAAAGCUCUAGUAUCAAUCAGACAACCGUCUUGCUAACCGAUGCGAUGCCUUUGCAUUUGGAUUGUAUAUUUCCGUUGUCCCUCCUGAGGCGCUAUCUUCUUCAAACCCAGGAUUAGCAUGCAUGUCUGGCAACGAUUUUGCCUCAGUCUUCUCGCACCUCUCCUUUGGACUCCCUUGGUGGUAGCGGAGUUUUAUAUCGACAAUGCGAACUCGUCCGUUGAAUAUUAUUCCUUGCAAGGCUCGGGGUGGACGCCGUAUGGUGCUGGCAUUGGAACCGUUGAGCUCGGCGUGGGUCACCAGGUCAUCGAUGUGGAUUACAACAUGUGUUACAACGAAAACUAUUGUCUUGCAGCUUGUAUGGCCGAAGACGAAUGCCAGGCCAAGAUCCCUUUUGCAGGAACCGGUAUCACCAUAUAUGUGUUGAACGCAGGCUUUCAGGGAGUGAAUGCGAGCCUGAGCGUUGAUGGCACGUACUCAGUUAAUGGCACCGUUCCGCCUCCCACUCCCCCGUCCUAUCAAACUCCGAGAGUGUCGCUGCUGGCUAUCCAGUCCUUACCCUACGCUUACCACGUAGCGACUCUUUCGAUACUGGACUUGGGAUGGCGGCAAUACGUCACUUGUACUUUGAUUAUGCAUUGAUAGAGGAUGCCAACAUCCAGACGACUACAAGUCAACCGCCGACGCCGGCCCCUCCAGCAUCAUCGUCUCUCGCCUCCACACCACCCAUCACGAUGUUCACUAUGGCCGCGCUGCCGACUACGUCCACGACCACGACCAUGAGAGGAACAACAGGAACUACCACGGCGGUAGCUUCUCAUACCUCAGCGUCUUCAUCGAGCGC